AUACAUGUGAUUGGUGGAAACAAGGUUCUAAGGGAGGAGUGAAAGGUAGUCACCCUGACGUCAAGGUUUGUUUGAGCAUGCGCGAUAAGGAUCAAGGCAACGCUGUGUCUGUAUGAAAGGCGUGAGCAGUGCGACUUUAGCAUCAAUGUGAACGCCAUUUGUCUUAAAGGAAUGUUCCGAUUACAUCUCAUAUAAGAGAUAUUGAGAACGCGUUGCCUCCGCCAAUUUUUACAGAUAGUCUCUGGUAUAAUUAGUCGCCUACUGCCCUCCACCAAGAAGCCCUGCCAACCACAAAACCAAGGGUUACAUUGACGUUACGUCGGCUGAGAGGGGAAGCAGCUACUGUCUACUACGCUGUUAUACAGACAGAUGCUCCCAGCCACGCACCUCGAGAGCAGCGAUGGGAAGUGUCCACUAGCCGAGGCCAUCCUGGACCAUGUCAUCGGGGUGACAGAGACGGCUUCAGUUUUCACGUCGGAGAGAGAGCAAGGUGCGCCCCGCAGACACAGCGGCGAGGAGGUGCGGAGCCAGGGGCAGGAGGAGGAGGAGGAGGAGGAGGAGGAAGAGUGGCAAGACGAGAGAAGAAGGAUGGGCGUGGGGAAGAAUACAACCUCCAAAUCUAUAGAAGGAGGAGGAGAUGGGAACGGGAACAAAUAUGAGGAGGAAACCAAACGCGGAGCGGACUUCUACCCUAUUCCGGUGGUGGUGAAUGGGGUGAGCCAGACCAAUGGAGAACAAGACACGGAGGACACAGAGCUGAUGGCCGUCUACGCUAAAGAGAAUCAAGGAGGAGAGAAGUGUUCCAUGUCUGAGACGUUGGACAGUACAGACAGCGUGGACGCCAGACGGAAUGACAUGAUCUACACCAUCGAAGACUGCCCGCCGUGGUACCUGUGUGUCUUCCUCGGCCUACAGCACUAUCUGACUUGCUUUAGCGGCACCAUCGCCGUCCCCUUCCUCCUGGCUGACGCCAUGUGUGUGGGCUACGACCAGUGGGCCACCAGCCAGUUGAUAGGGACCAUCUUCUUCUGUGUGGGGAUAACCACCCUGAUCCAGACCACCGUAGGAUGCAGGUUGCCUCUUUUCCAGGCCAGUGCGUUUGCCUUCCUCGCCCCAGCCAGGGCAAUUCUAUCACUCGAUAAAUGGAAGUGCAACAAUACAAUGGUCCCUGACUUCAACAGCACGGAGCUCCUCAACACAGAACACAUCUGGCACCCCAGGAUACGAGAGAUCCAGGGCGCCAUCAUCGUGUCGUCCCUGAUCGAGGUGUGCAUCGGCGCUCUGGGCCUGCCCGGGGUGCUGCUGAAGUACAUCGGCCCCCUGACCAUCACGCCCACCGUCGCCCUCAUCGGCCUGUCUGGCUUCCAGGCUGCCGGGGAGAGGGCGGGGAAACACUGGGGCAUCGCUAUGCUGACCAUCUUCCUGGUGCUGCUCUUCUCCCAGUACGCCAGGAAUGUCCAGUUUCCACUGCCGAUCUACAAGUUCAAGAAGGGUUGGACGGUGUACAGGCUGCAGGUCUUUAAGAUGUUCCCAAUCAUCAUGGCCAUCCUCGUGUCAUGGCUGACGUGCUUCAUCUUCACGGCGACCGACGUCUUCCCGCCCGAGAAGGAGAAGUACGGCUACUACGCCCGCACAGACGCGCGCAUGGGAAUCCUGAGUGCUGCCCCCUGGUUCAAAAUUCCCUACCCCUUUCAAUGGGGAGUUCCCACGGUAACCACGGCGGGCGUCAUCGGCAUGCUGAGCGCGGUGGUGGCGAGCAUCAUCGAGUCCAUCGGGGACUACUACGCCUGCGCGCGGCUGGCCUGUGCGCCGCCACCCCCUAUCCACGCCAUCAACAGGGGUAUUUUCAUGGAGGGGGUGUCCUGUGUGCUCGACGGUCUGUUUGGAACCGGGAACGGCUCCACCUCGUCCAGUCCCAACAUCGGGGUUCUGGGGAUCACCAAGGUUGGCAGCAGACGCGUGAUCCAGUAUGGCGCCGCUAUGAUGCUGCUGCUGGGGCUUGUGGGUAAAUUCAGUGCGCUCUUCGCCUCGCUGCCCGACCCCGUCCUGGGGGCGCUGUUCUGCACCCUGUUCGGGAUGAUCACCGCCGUGGGCCUGUCCAACCUGCAGUUCGUGGACCUCAACUCCUCCCGGAACCUCUUUGUGCUGGGCUUCUCCAUCUUCUUCGGCCUGGUGCUGCCCAGCUACCUGAAGCAGAACCCGCUGGUCACCGGCAUCGUCGAGGUUGACCAGGUGUUGAAUGUGCUUCUGACCACCGCUAUGUUUGUCGGUGGCUCGGUGGCGUUUCUUCUCGACAACACUAUACCAGGCACGCCGGAAGAGCGAGGCAUCAGGAAGCUGAAGAGGGGCACGGGCCCCAGCACCUCCGAGCUGGAGGGGAUGCGAUCCUAUGACCUGCCGUUCGGGAUGGACUUCAUCCGCAGGCACGACAUCUUCACCUACCUCCCCAUCAGCCCCACCUUCACGGGCCACAAGUGGGGGGGGCUCCGGAGCGCCUGCCGGAGCCGGAAGGCCCACGGGGACAGCGGGAAGGGGGCCGGGAGGGAGGCCGGCAAGGCGGUGGCGGGGGGCACGGCUGCAGGGGACAGCCGGGUAUAGC